AUGGACAACGCAUACUACAACUUGACCCCAGAGGAUCUUCAAUCCUUCCACGACAAUGGAUACCUACUAAUCCGGGCCUUUUUCACAGAACUCGAAGCCAAGACUCUCCAGCAAUGGGCCCAAGAAGUCCACGACUUGCCUCGAACCCCCGGUGUCCCCUGGAUGCCCUAUGAAGAGGUCAAUGGCAAUGGCGAUCGGGUCUUGUGCCGCACGGAGAACUUUGUCAACUCCCAUUCCGGCUUUGAAAGCUUCUUGCGCGGAGACCGGGCCACCAGCAUUUUACAACAGCUGGCCGGAGAAGAGAUGCUGUUGUUCAAAGAAAAGAUCAAUUACAAACUAGCCGGAAGUGGCGGCUUUGAUCCACAUAUCGACGCCAAUGCUUACACCCAUGUCAAGAACAUCAAACACUUGACCAUCUUAGCCGCAGUGGACGAGAUGACCUCCGAAAAUGGCGGUCUGGAUGUAGUCAAAGGAAGCCAUCGCAUGCAAAUUCCCUUGGGAAACGAUCGAUGCAUUGAGCCCGAAUGGGUGAAAACUCAUCCAUGGACAUCAUGCGAUUUACAACCCGGUGAUAUUCUCGUCUUUGGGUCCUAUCUGGCCCAUCGCAGUGGUGCUAAUACCAGCAGCAAAGAUCGCCGUGCCAUCUACGCGACCUACAACUGCGCAACUGAAGGCAAUCUCCACGAUCAGUAUUAUGCCGACCGACAAAAACUUUGGCCUGCUACACAUAUGCGACAGGAUGGGGUUUCGUAUGAGGAAGGUCGGGCUCGUUAUGCUUAUGGAUCUCCUAUGUUAACUGUGGAUCCUACUGGCACUGCCAUCUCAACAGCUUAA